AUGCAAGCCGGCCGCCUCCCGAGGGCCAGUCCACUAGGCCUGCGGAGCGUGGCCCUGGGGACGGUGGCUGAGACGGUAGAACUGAGCAUCUCCCUGUCCAGCCGAGGAGCCCAGAGGUCUGACCAUGCGGCCCCCCGGGGACCAAGAAAUUUCGAUGCUCUCAGGAAGGAAAACAUAUUCGAGAACAACCAGCUGGCCUUCCGUGUGGCUGAGGAGCAGCUGGGUAUCCCGGCCCUGCUGGACGCCGAGGACAUGGUGGCCCUGAAGGUGCCCGACCGUCUGAGCAUCCUGACCUAUGUGUCGCAGUACUACAACUACUUCCACGGCCGCUCCCCCAUUGGAGGUGUGGCCGGAGUGAAGAGGCGCCCGUCAGACUCCAGGGAGGACCCAUCUGGGAAGAAGGCCUGGUCCCCGCCGGCCAGGCCCACGCCCACCCCGGCCCGGGGGCAGCCGCUGUCUCCAGUCAGCACAAACCCCACUGUCCCGCAGAAGGACGGGGGCACAGAGGGACCCCCGCUAAAGGCUGGCCAGGCCUCAGCGGUCAGCUCCGUGAACAGCGCCUGCGGGGUCUGCGGCCGGCACGUGCACCUGGUGCAGCGGCACCUGGCAGACGGGCGGCUCUACCACCGGGGCUGCUUCAGGUGUAAGCAGUGCUCCAACACGCUGCACUCAGGGGCCUACAGGGCCACGGGGGAGCCCGGCGUCUUCAUCUGCACCAGCCACCACCCUGAAGCCGCCUCUGCCAGCCCUGCAUUGCCGGGACUGUCCCCUGGGCAGCCCAGGGCCGUCCCCACGGACUCCAAGCCCCCUGGCACCCCAAGGAAGACCCAGGAGGCGAGCAGGCAGAGAGAUGCAGGGCCAAAGGCCAGGCCGGCUGCGUGGGAGCCCAAGGUGGGCAACUCCACUGCCAAAGGGUUCCUUCCGGCUGCAGCUGACCCUCUGGCCACCUCUCCCCCAAGCCACACAGGGAGCCCAGCUGGGCCCAGCUUCUCGGCGGCCCCUGUGGGUGGCAAAGCCAGCACUCCUGUGACCAAGAGUUCCCUGACAGGGUGGUCGUCACUGGCAGGCAGCCCCCGUCCUGCCACAACCCCGAGUGUCCUGGACCCUCGCCCGGCCACACCUCCAGGCCGGGUAGCCCCUCAAGUGGCAGCCCCCCAGACCAAGGUCGGUUCAAGACCAGCGUCUCCAGUCCCUGCGAAUGCCCCGGCCUGGACCCCGUCGUCCUCCAGGACGCAGCAGGCCCGGGAGAGGUUCUUCCAGAAGCCUGGAGCCGCCCCCGGCCCUGGCCCGGCCGGCAGGGUCCCAGCUGCAGCAAAUACACCUUCCAGGGACGGCAGCAGGGAGCAGGCACUGAGCAUCCUCCGGAAAGCCCUUCCAGAGUGCAGGGAGGCUGGCACUCACGCACCUGGCAGUUGUGGAGGCCAGAAGGCUGAGCUCCGGGUGUGGGCAGGGCCGUCCCCUCGAAGGCCCUCCCUGGCCACCUCUCCUGCUCCGAACUCCCUCCCCAGAACUGAAGGGCAAGGAGUGAGUCCAGCCGCCAAGCUGGCACAGUCAGUAUGCCCCCAGGCCCUCAGCCCCGCUGCGAGGACUGAGCCACCAGCCCCACUGGGUGUCAGUAGCCCCUCCCGGGCAUCCCCGCCACCCCAGGUGGGCAAGAAGAGCCUGGCUGUGUCCUCAGGGGCUGUCAGGGCAGGUGCUGGCUCCAGGCCGAAGCCGGAGGCCCCGCCGGCUAAAGGCUCGAGCACCAGCUCCCAGGGUGGCCAGGAGGACGGGCCGGCAGGAUGGAGGGCCCGCCUGAAGCCUGUGGAGAAAAAGAGCCCCACUGAGAGCUCCGAGGGGGCUGUCUGCAUCACCCUGACCCCAGUGCAGGUGGACAGGACACCGGGCCGGGCUGGCACCGGGGCCAGCCUCUCAGCCACGUCCCCCUCCGCCUCCCGCCGCAGGAAGCUGACAGUCCCUGCCAGCCUGGACGUUUCUGGCAACUGGCUUCGGCCUGAGCCCGUGGAGCAGGAAGGCCCUGCUCAGAGCUGGAAGGAGGAGAGAGCCCCUCCCCAGGGCAGACCAGGGAGGCCCUUGGGCCCGGCUGGUGCCCCCACUUCACCUGGAACGUCAGUAACCUCCCCCGUCAGGCUGCACCCCGACUACAUGCCCCAGGAGGAGAUCCAGAGGCAGGUGCAGGACAUCGAGAGGCAGCUGGACGCCCUGGAGCUCAGGGGCGUGGAGCUGGAGAAGCGCCUGCGAGCGGCCGAGGGGGAUGACUCGGAGGAUGCCCUCAUGGUGGACUGGUUCCGGCUCAUCCACGAGAAGCAGCUUCUGCUGAGGCUGGAGUCGGAGCUGAUGUACAAGGCCAGGGACCAGCGCCUGGAGGAGCAGCAGCUGGACAUCGAGGGGGAGCUCCGCCAGCUGAUGGCCAAGCCCGAGUGUCUGAAGUCCCCCCAGGACCGGCAGCGGGAGCAGGAUCUGCUGAACCAGUAUGUGAACACAGUCAAUGACCGCAGCAACAUCGUCGACUUCCUGGACGAGGACCGGCUCAGGGAGCAGGAGGAGGACGAAGUGCUGCACAACAUGAUCCAGAAACUGGACCUGCAGCGGAGGGGCAGCGACCAGAGGAAGAAGCCCAGGUUCCGCUUGUCCAGCAUCUGGUCCCCGAAGAGCAGGAGCAGGACCCCCGAGUAGCUGCCUGGCGGGGGUGCAGGACCCUGGCCUGCAGGUGGGGGUGGGAGUGCGGGUCUCCUCUGGUGGGUCUGGGUGGCCUCAAUAAAGAAACUGACCACGUGGCCUGGGCUCCCUCUCCCUGUGCCCACGUGCCGCUGGGCAGCCUAGACAUCUCAGCCGUGUCUCGCUUGCGCACCGUCGUGCACGUGCCUGUGGCCUUGAGCUGGCACCGACCCUCUGGGCCUGGCCAGGGCCUCUGAGACAUGCAUUCUAGGCCUGGCCUGGCUGCGUGGACAGGCUGGACGUGAACCUUACAGGGGCCAGGACCCACCCAGGGGCCAGGGGUGGGUCUUGCAAACUGCACGUGGUGUUGGCCUCACAUGGGGAUCUCUGUCAAGAUCUGUGACCUUGACCUCUUGGACGGAGGCCAGCUGGGCUCUUGGUCCUUAUGUGCUCAGCCCCUGGUGUCCAGCAAGGAAGCAGGGCUGGCCGCACUUCCCAACUUCUGACGAGAGGGACGCGGUCGUGCAGGGAAGGACCAAGGCGAGCAGAGCCUCCUCGCAGCCCAGACUCGAGUCCUGGUGCAGCGCUCCCCGCCCCGCUGCCAGGAGACCCAGCCCCACCUCCCCUCUGGGCCCCAGCCCCACUGCGUGAGGGGGAUACCAUAGCUGUAACUCCUAGUGCUGUCUCAGCCACUGUGGGGCCCAUCAGGUUGAUCCCGAGGGACCCCUGGCGACGGCAAAGCACCAACACUCCCCCACCUGGUGUCCGGGGGAGCCAAGACCCCCUGGGUUAGGGACGGAGCCGGGAGACCCUGGCUGAGUGCGUUGAGCUCUCGCUGUGUCCCGCUGCCUUCACGGGGUGUUGGAGGGUCUCAGCUGGAGAUUCCUGGGACAGAAAGGGCGGCUGCCUGGUGCAGAGGUGGGUUCACAGUCGAGGCUCUGCUGCUCAGCUGUGUGGCCUUGGGCCAGGGCCCUGCCCUCUCUGAGCCUUUAGUGGCUGAUGGGUUGCAGGUUGCCUUGAGGCUCGAUAGGGUCACGUGGUUGUGUCUGGCCCAGCAACGAUGGUGGAGGAGCUCAGAGGCCUCCUGCUUGCCCUCCCCUCACAGCGAGACCCCCACUGGCAGGGCUGGAGGGCGGGGUCACGGACAGAGAGGGAUGGGCAGCUCUGAGCUGUCAGUGGGGCCUGGCUGUGCAGGGCGUUGGCCAGGUGGAACAGCUUGGCCAGUUCUUCGGGCGCUGGGCGCCAUGGGCGGUCUGAGCAGAGGCCCCAGGUGGGACCUGCGUGUUAGGAGGAGGGCCAUGGAGGGCGGCCUGGACUGGUUUGCCAACUCUCUGGCCGAGAACCCCCCAACCCAGGCCAUCCUCCCAGGCUUAUGUGCUGGGGACCUACCGCAGUGUGGCCUCUUCACCACCAGGGGGCGGCGGAGGGCCAUUCAGCGAGGUAGCUCUGUUGUACUGAUAAUAAAACUGAGGCUCAGAGAGGGGAGGUGAUCCCCUGAAGUCACACAGCAAGUUAGAUGUGGCCUGAGACUGCACCCCGGGGCCUGCCUCCAGCACUCCCAGGGCUGCGCCCGCCACGUGACCUGGGAGCCCGUGGUGUUUGGGGUGUAUGUGGGGUCUUUGAGACGCGGCAGGGAAGAUUCCAGAGUGGGUGCACUGUCCAGCUGGUUACAGCCGUGGGCAACAGACUGCUCCUGCUGGGGACCCGCACCUCAGAGGCGUCCCCACUGGGCGAGGGAGCCCCCUCCACGGCUGCUCCCUGGGGGUGCCGGGGGGCACAGGGUAACAGACCUAGUGGUCAAGCCCCUGGGCCCUGAGCCGCUGGCGGCGUGUCCUUGCUGUCUGCCGGGGGCCCAGCGCCUGCAGGCCCUGUACGCCCCCGUCAUGGCAGGACUCGCAAGGUGUCCUCGGGGGCACGGGAGCUUCCAGGUGGUGCAACGUCCCUUCAGCCAGCGGGCAGAGCAGGAGGGCCGUGGGAACCCGGGGUGGCCCCUUGGUACAGGUGGGGCCUGGCUUCACUGCUGCCCCCCAACUUGGAGGAGAAUCAGCCUGGUUCUCACCCACCCCAGGGGACCCCCAACAGCCCUGAAGGGGGCCCACACCCUAGAUGGGAGCUGGGCACAGCACUAAGGGAGAGGCCCAGCCGGACACCAGCCCACCUCCGCUCGAUGGCUCCCGGGGCUUCAAGAUCCCGGCUGUGCAUACAGGAGGUGCUUGAUAUGUGUCAGGGCGUUUCUUUCCCCAGAUGUGGUCUAGAAGAACCAGUGUCCCCAUCAGCGGACGUGGGGGGCACACAUUAUGGGAGGGCCAGUCCCUGGAUGGCACCCCUCACGCCCUCACCCUCACUUGGCCCACGAGGGUCCGGGGCCUGCAGCCUGAACUGAAGCACAUUCAGGGCAGAAGCAGCCCUCAGACUGAGGCCUGGCCACAGAGAGGGUCUGGAGUUUUGAGGGGAACCCAAGGUGGGGAGUGGGCUGGUGUGGCUGCAGCAGGAGGGAGGGGGGAUUGACCUGGCUGGGCCCGGGGGAGCAGGGGCUUCCGUCUGCCCUUCCACUCCCAGGGAAGCUGGCCUCCUUCCAUUGCUGCCUCUGCUGCAUGUCCUGGCCUCUGGGCCAACACACCGCAGGGCCUUUGCACUUGCAGCCCCUUCACACGGAGCCCUGUCCUCCACAAGGCUGGCUCCUCCAACAGGUCUCUGCUGACUGAACCGAGCCCUCCUGGGGAGGCUCCCAUGAACCCCUGACUCUGCCCGUCACCCUGGCUCAUUUUCAACACCUGGAAGUCACCUUUGGAAUCUAGGUCCCUGGGUCAAGGAGCUGGUCUGUCUCUUGCACCACUGUGUCCCCAGCACCCAGAACAGCACCCAGCACGUGGUUUGUUGGGUGCGUGAUCAAAGCCAGCAUCUCAAGCUGGGACUUUGGACCUCUUGGUCGGCCUUUCAGAGCCUCAGUUUUUUUGUCUGGGAAGUGGGAGAGCGAGUUGCUUGGUGUCCGCCGGCCUACGGAGAAGGAGCAACCUGAGCCCGAGCUGGCACUGACCUGCAGCGGGUCAGGCCCUGGAGCUCCUGAGCUCCAACGGGCAGAGCACCCGUGGGGGCCACACAGACGGCCCCUGCCACCAGCCUGGUACCUGAGCUGAGCAGGGGAGAGACUAGGAGGGCUGCAGCCGGGGGUUCGAGGCCUCAGGGGGUUUGGGUGCAUCACAGAGCUGGUGGCCCUGCCUCCCAGGCCCAGAGGGAGCAAAGUCUGUGGGACACUGGGACCCUGUCCCCAGCCUCGGCUCCCACCUGCCUUCACGCCUGCACCUCUGCAAGGUGUUCGGGGUCCCGGCCGUGCACCAGGGAUGGGGAGGCCUGCGAGUGUCAGAGGUGGGCUCCUCUGGCCACCCCUGUCCGACAGCCCCUGAGCAGGGGUGGGGGAUUAGUGUGUGAGUGAGGGCCCCAGCAGCUGUAAAUAAUUGUGAGGCCACAGGGGUGAGGCCCCACCUGCCUCCUCCACUCCUACCAAGUGUGAGCUGCAGACCCCACCUUUCCUCCGAGGCUGCUGUGGCCCCCACGCACCUCCGAGUCUGGAGCUCUGGCUCCUGGGGCCCUCGCACCCUGGGCCGCCCCCUCAGCAGAGGCCCGUGUCCAGGUGGCUGUGUCUGGUCCCGAGAGCCGGGCUGCUGGCCACCUAGAUGUCCCCCCCGGCCCUGCCGUCCCAGGCUGGUUCUGCACUAAGCAGGUCUCCCAGGUGGGCCGGAGACGCUGAUGAAGACGGACGGCAUGGGCACCGGCCCAUCACAUUGUUAAUAAAGAACACGGUGCGCGCACCUUCCCCGGCAGCCGCCGACACGUCCCAGAGCGCGCGAGGCUGUGACCCCGCUGCAACGCCGUCUCGAGGACGCCUCACCUUAAGUGGAGAUGACGUCAUAGUCCUCUUUCCUUGAAUUAAAAAGCUGAAACCUUUC